AUGCGGGCGCUUGCGCCUCUCUGCACUUCGUUCGGCCUGUACCUCUCCGCCUUCCCGGUCUCCUACAUGUUGAAUGACGUGGCCAUCAUGGAGAAUCUGCAUUUAUUAUCUGCCGCCCCAUCCAGCUCCUUGGCUGUUGCAGCUACUGGUGUGGCAGUUCUGUUGCUCCUAUUCGCUGUGGUCUAUCUUCCAAACCGGUCCCAGGACCCCCUUUUCUACGUGUUUAUGGUCUUUUCUUUCACUUCGGGGAUCGAUGCCAUUAUCGCUUUGGAAGAAGAUGGGUACCUAACCAACUUUCUGGAGUUCUACAUGAGGGAGAGUGAGCCGUAUCUCAGCACGUCCUACGGGAUCAUGAUCUGCUACUGGGACGCCGUGGUGCACUACGGACUCUGCCUCGCCAUGAUCGCAGCCAUAGCAAACAGAAAGAAUUACCGGCACUUUGGCCUCUACUGGGUUGGGUCUCUUACCAUGAGCCUCCUGGUUUUCCUGCCGGGCAACAUGGUCGGGAAGUACGGCUCGGAGAUCCGUCCUGCAUUCCUGCUCAAUAUUUCGUACCUUCUCAUACCCAUCUGGGCUGCGAUGAGAAUCUUCGCCCAACCCAGGACAUCACCUGUGGUUACAGCUGAUAAGGUCGCAGAAGAGCAUCGCAAGACUCUGUUGCAGCGGCCCCUGGACCUAGCCCUGGUGGGUUACUUCCUCUUCGCCAUAGGCUUCACCUUCUUCCGAGGACUGGUCGUUCUGAAUUGUCCGGCAGAUGCCUGCUUCAAUUACAUUUACCAUCACGAGCCAUACCUGCGCGACCCUGUGGCUUACCCUAAAGUUCAGAUGCUGGUGUUCCUGUUUUAUGGCUUGCCAUAUUUCUGCACCUGUGUUUACGGGCUCCUCUUUCCUGGGUCCACAUGGAUGACCGAUUGGGCUUUGGUGUUUGCUGGAGCUAUCGCCCAGGCACAAUUCUCGCACAUCGGUUCUUCGCUGCACCAGCACACUUCUUUCCCCUACCGCACCCCGGAGGAGACUUGGUGGCCCGUGAUCCUUGGCAACCUAACCUACGCAGUGGGGCCACACCUCCUCGUCUUCCGCUGCCUCCGCAACCCGGCCUUUUUCUGCCCCCUGCUUUCCUGGAAGGAAGACAAGAAGACCCAGUGAUAAUGGCAAGGCGUGGAUCGGGGGCGAGGCUUGCUGUUCCCUCCAGCCGGAUCCCGUUGCAUGGAGACAACUCCCUGCAAAAUUCCACUCUAGUGGGAUUUGGGACGCUUCCAGGGAUGCUUCUGGACCACUCCAUGUUUCUUUCAGUACCCAGAGCUGAUUCUGUCUCUAUGGCACAUUUGAAGCUGGUUUGGGAUCGAGCAGAAGUGGUCCAGCCCCACUCAGGGCACCUCAGUGUCCCCCCAACCCAACCAGUCUACUAAAGCAUCUCUGAAAGAUGUAGAUGCAUCCUUCAGGGGGCUCUGGUUUCCCCAGGUUAUUUGGGUAGGUGGUCCAGAGGAACGGCAGUGACAGGAAAAAUUUGGGGGGUUCGAAGCAAGGUUGGGUGACCUCGGUGCCUUUUUGGUCUUUUGGCCAUCGCCAAAUUCACUGCCAGAUUUGGGCAGUGCAGCUGCAAACGGCGGCAGGUUUUUCUUUGAAACGAGGAAAGUGGUGGGAACAUGUUUUAAAACAAAUCUGUACCCCUGGAAGCCUCCCGGUUGUGGUUUUGGAAAUAAGAGGAAGGGGUGCAGUCCCCAGUGAGUCCUGGGGAGGGGGAGUUGGCCCUUGGCCCCCAGAAUGUUUCCUGCCCUGCAGGAGGGAUUCGAGGAAGUUGAUGUUUACAGAAUAAAA